AUGUCCACCUACGAAGUGGAACACAACACCACCGACCCCUCCACCACAACACCCAACAACAGCACAACCCCCGACCAGCACCACCGCCGCCGCCGUCCCGACCUCUCCACCUUCUUCUCAGCCCUUUCCGAAAUCACCCCCGACGAAGCGCGUCAUCGUCCCCAUGCCGUCCCCGUUCCUCGAGACGUCAGCGCAGCAUUCUACUCCCUGGCCGAGGCAUUGGACUUGAUGCGCCGCGAAGGAGGAGGCGGGGCAGCUCUGCCCAGCGAAACACAAGGAACAGCAGGAGGUGAUGGCGAUAACGACCUCCUCACAACAAUGAUUCAGAGUCUGCUAAGCACGGCUGAAAUGCCUCCUAGGGAGGUGGAGGGUGCGAGUGAGGAGUUUUGUGAUCAACUCGACCGCAUCCCCCGUACCGCGUUGAACUCCUCCCAGGUCUGUCCGAUUUGCAAUAACCCGUUCCUGGAGGAUCAGUACCCACUUGUUGUGCGGCUGCCGUGUCAUCCGACACAUUUGUUUGAUUUGGAGUGUGUGAGGCCGUGGUUGAGGCUGCGGGGGACUUGUCCGCUUGAUCGGACGGAUUUCGCGAAGCAGGAGAGGGAGAAGGCGGAGGCGAGGAGGAAGUUGGCGGAGGAGGAUGAAGAGGAGGAGUGGGACGGGAUGUAUGCUUGA